GUAGUGGGGUAGGCUGGAUUGUGAUAGCGACAGAUGUCUAGAAAACUGUGAGGGGGCACUCCUCCGUUACAACACAGUCCCACACUGCACCUCGGAGAGCAGGGGCGGAAUCUGCAGCUGUCACUCCAAAGGUUUACCUCCAUUAACACAUCCAGCCGGAGCCUGGAAAAGAAGCCUAAGUGAUCACUCUCUAGAAAUACAGGAGACACCAUGGGAGGCAAACUGAGCAAGAAGAGGAAGGGAUAUGAUGUGAGCGAUCCCAAAGAGACGAAGGAUGAGACCACAGUGACGGCUGCUGGUGCAGAUGAGUCUGCUAAAGUGGAGGCCGGAUCCCCACCCACAGAAGCUGCUGUGACAGCAGAGGCAGGCAAUGUGGUAAAGGAAGCUGUUGGGUCAGCUGCGGCAGCAGUAACUGAAGCAGUAGUAAAAGCUCCAGAAGAGCCCAAAUCCGCACCUACAGAGGAACCAGAUCCUGCUGCUCCAGAAGAGGCAGCUCCAGUAGAGGAACCAGCUGUAGCAGCAGAGAAGGCAGCUCCAGUAGAACAAGAACCAGCUGCAGCAGUAAAGGAACCACCUCCAGUGGAGGAACCAGCUGCAGCAGUAGAAGAACCAGCUGCAGACGUACAAGAACCAGCUGCAGCAGUAGAAGAACCAGUUGCAGCAAUAGAGGAACCAGCUCCAGUAGCUCAAGAACCAGCUGUAGCAGCAGAAAAUGCAGCUCCAGUCGCUCAAGAACCAGCUGCAGACGUACAAGAACCAGCUGCAGCAGUAGAAGAACCAGCUGCAGCUGUAGAAGAACCAGCUCCAGCUGUAGAAGAACCGGCUGCAGCUGUAGAAGAACCAGCUGCAGCAGUAGAAGAACCAGCUGCAGCUGUAGAAGAACCAGCUCCAGCAGUAGAAGAACCAGCUCCAGCUGUAGAAGAACCGGCUGCAGCUGUAGAAGAACCAGCUCCAGCAGUAGAAGAACUGGCUGCAGCAGUAGAAGAACCAGCUGCAGCUGUAGAAGAACCAGCUCCAGCAGCAGUGGAGUCAUACCCAGUAGUAGAGGAGCAAGCUCCAGUAGAGCUUCCAGAGGCUAAAGCAGCAGCAGAGGAACCUUCUGCUCUGGCAUCAGAAGAACCUGUGCUAAGUGAGGUUAAAUCUGAAGAAGAGCCCCCUGUAGAAGAACCUGCUGCAGCUGUAGAAUCUGUGCCAGAGGUUGUUCCCAUCAGCGCAGGAGAAGCACCCAAGGACCAAGUGCCAGAGCCCAUCCCAGAGACUGUUUCUGAGCCAGAAGUCACUGUGGAGGAGACAGUGGUUCUUGCUGCUGUCCUUGGACCUGAGCCAUUGGCUGAGCCAGCUGCAGAGCCAGCGCUGGAGCAAGCCCCAGAACCAGAACAAACCCCCAAGCCAGAGCAAGCAGCAGAGCUUGAAGAAGAGCCAGAGAAAGCACCAGAGCCAGAGUCAGUGGAAGCACCCGAGCCACAACCUGAACCAGAGCAAGCACCAGAGACAGAGCUUGAACAAUCACCAGAGCCAAAACCAGAGCAACUGCUAGAGCCAGAACCUAGGCAAAUGGCUGAUGCAGUGGAAUCUGCAGCAGAUGAACAAGUAGAAGAAGUUGAGCCUGAACCAAUUGUAGCCACACCUGACAUUACUGAACUUGAAACUGUGAAAGCAGAAGCACCUGAGUUGUUGGAGACUGCAGCAGAGGAUGUCCCCAUUGAACAUCAGCCUGUAGAAGAGGAAUCUGUUGCAAGAAAAGCCUACAGCACUGAGGCGACAGUUGAGCCAGAAGCACCAGAACCUGUCCCUGAGAUUGUCAUCUCAGAGUCUGUCUCUGCCAGUGAAAUUACUGCUGAGUCUGAAGAGGCAGCUGGUAGAGGUGAAGAGGUGCCUUGCCCAGAGCCUGAGGUAGAGAGCAAGAUAGAAAAUGGAGAUAUAAAGAACCCUUCUGGUACAGAGGAUGUGGCAGAAGUAGAUGCACUUCCAACUGUAAAUGGAGAUUGCACAAAUGCUGCUGCCAUACAGACAGAGGAAUGUGUUAAUGGUAAUGAAAAGCCAGAGGAAACACCAAUCAAGGAGCAGAGUGACUUUGAACUAAAAAAGGAGCUGAACCUGAGCGAGGAUGUCCAGGAAGUUCCCGAUGCAGUCCCCGAAAUGGCAGAUGGUCUCAGCACUGAGGUCACCCAAGCAGUCUGAAAAGGAAGCCAUCUUUAAAAAUCAAUGUGAAUUCAGAUUAAUCCUCCGAGGGUGCGAGAAAGCUAUCAAGGUAUCACAAACACAGCUAGGCUUUCUGGAAUGCUGUAACACCGCAAUGUCUAUAGUGGUAACUCAGGCAAAAGGAUGUUUUCCUUUGAGUAACCAAAAAUGAAAUGCAACUACUUGGAUAGAGAGCGAGAGAGAGAUAGAUAGAGAGAGAGAGAGAGAGAGAGACAUACAGACAGACAGACAGAGGGAGAGAGAGAGAGAGAGAGAGAGAGAUCAAAGUGCAGAGAGAAGACUUAAGUUUGGAAUUGAAGGGUGCAGACAGAGUGAAACUGGACAGCAGAGCAAACAUACUGGACAGUAAAUGUAAAUGAAUGUAAAUGAAUGGAAUGAAUAAAUCUGUGUGUGAGCCCGAUAAUUAUUACAAAGUGGUUUAUUGGAACAGCAUUCAUUAUUAGUAUAUUAUCUGAUUUGGAAUGUCAUAUAUCCUUUCUAUUCCUAUAUGCAGAGACAUGGCAUAAAUGUUUUGGCCUUUUAUAAUAAUGGUACCUGUGAGGACUGUUCAUUUUAAAUUGAUUGUUCGGAAUAGAGAAUAAAAAGAGAUUGUUAUAGCCUA